GCUGAACCAGAGGUCUGUAUAGAAGAAAGAUUUCUUGGCUUUAUCAAAAUCCAAAGCUCAACUGGAGAAGGUCUGACCAAGGCAAUUUUGACAGAACUUAAAAAACAAAAUAUUCCACUUAGUGAUAUGAGAGGACAAGGCUAUGAUAAUGGUUCCAACAUGAAGGGCAAACACCAGGGGGUUCAGAAGAGGAUCCUUGAUUUAAACUCGCGGGCCUUUUAUGUUCCCUGCAGUGCUCAUACAUUAAAUCUUGUGGUGAAUGAUGCGGCCAUGUCAUGUAGGGAUGGAGCAACAUUCUUUUCUGUUGUGCAAAAAAUAUAUGUUUUUUUGUCGGGAUCUACACUCCGUUGGAAUGUCUUGAAGAAGUACAUUGGAAUACUAACAGUUAAACCUUUGUCUGAUACCAGAUGGUCUUCACGAAUAGAUGCUGUUCGGCCAUUUCGGUUCCAGGUUGGAGAAAUCUAUGAUGCCUUGACAAGUAUUUCUAAGGAUAGCUCGCACACAGCAAUGGCACAAUCUGAGGCGGAAUCCCUUGCAAAAGAGCUAAAUAACUACAAAUUUUUAUGUUUCAUUGUAUUGUGGUACAACAUUCUAAAGAGAAUUAACUUUGUCAGCAAGCUGCUUCAAAGCAAAAGCAUGUACCUUCCAGAUGUGAUCGAUAUUUUGGAAUCUACAACAACCUUUUUAAAAGAAUAUCGAUCAGAUCAAGGAUUUGAAAAUUUGCUGGACGAGGCUAAAGAGCUAGCCACAGAAAUGGAAAUUGAGCCUGUUUUUCCUGCAUUACUGCGGCAAAUAAAGAAAAAGAGAAUGUUUUGUUAUGAAGGUGAAGAUGAACCGAUUGACGAUCCUGCAAAAAAAUUUAAAGUUGAGUGCUUCUUUAGUAUUUUGGAUGUUUGUUUUAAUUCUCUUGAUGAGAGAUUUGAGCAAAUCAAGCAUCACAGCAAGCACUUUCAGUUUCUUUAUAAUAUCCAGAAACUUACAAAUGUACCACAUGAAACACUUCUGAAGUAUUGUCUGGAUUUGCAGAGUGUAUUGACUGAUGAAAACUCAGAAGAUACUGAUCUGGAUGGAGCACAGUUAUGUGAAGAACUCACCAUAUUGGCUCCUAUCUUGAAACCGACAAUGACCCCUACACACAUUUUAGCAUAUGCACUUAAAAAUGACUUUGCUCCCAAUGUCUCCAUAGCACUGCGGAUAUUAUUGACAUUGCCGAUAUCUGUUGCAUCUGGUGAACGAAGCUUUUCAAAGCUCAAAUUAAUAAAAAAUUAUCUACGUUCAACAAUGUCACAAGAGAGAUUGGUGGGACUUGCAAUGAUUUCUAUUGAAAAAAGUAUUGUACAGGACAUUGAUUUUCAGACUUUGCUUUCUGAUUUUGUGAGCGCAAAAGCAAGAAAGGUUAGAUUUUUAUAGUGCUCACUUUGAAUGUUUACAUUAUCUAGCACAUUAGUUGAAUUGCAUUCAGUUAAAUCUCUGGAAACUUGUGUUCUUGGCAUGGCUUGGCUGCCGACUAGUAUGGCCGCUUAGUACAUUAUCUGUACGUUAUCAGUGUGUGUUAUCUUUGGUGUUGAAUAGGACUGAAGGUCCUAAAAAUCUCAUGUUCUCAAAAAACUCAUGUUCUGAUAUUAUAGUUUGAAAAUAUGUUUAUAUGCACUUAUUGCUCUUCUUUUAACCAAUAAUGGUAAUUUUUUGCCUUGAAUAGGCCGUUUUAGUGUUGUACUGUUUGUGUGCAGUACUAUUUCCUGCACUUCUACAAGUCUGUUUGCACUAUUUCCUGCAUUUUUGCUCAUUGGUAAUGUUAAUUUAAUGGUAAUAUUUUGCCUUGAAUAGGCCGUUUCAGUGUUGUACUGUUUGUGUGCACUACUAUUUCCUGCACUUUUACAAGUCUGUUUGCACUAUUUCCUGCACUUAUUGGUAAAAAAUUUGUUUUAUAGUCUGUUUGCACUAUUUCCUGCAUUUUUGCUCAUUGAUAAAUGGUAAUGUUAAUUUAAUGGUAAUAUUUUGCCUUGAAUAGGCCGUUUUAGUGUUGUACUGUUUGUGUGCAGUACUAUUUCCUGCACUUCUACAAGUCUGUUUGCACUAUUUCCUGCAUUUUUGCUCAUUGGUAAUGUUAAUUUAAUGGUAAUAUUUUGCCUUGAAUAGGCCGUUUCAGUGUUGUACUGUUUGUGUGCACUACUAUUUCCUGCACUUUUACAAGUCUGUUUGCACUAUUUCCUGCACU